AUGUUCAGAGAUGCCAAAAAGGAAGCUAUAUUUGUAAAUGACAUUUCUAAUAAUAUUGGACCAGACGUAUUAGCUUUUGAUGUACAUUUAUUUAACAUGUUUAUGGAUAUUUAUUUGAGAUUGCGAGCAACGGAGCAGAUUUGGGAAAUGGAAAGAUUUAUGGAAAAGAAUGGAAUCAAUCCUAAUUUAACAACAUUGAUUUUCCUUACCGAUGCAUCCAGAGUUGACAAUCAGGUUGACAAGGCCAUUCAAUACUAUAGAAAAGCAAUUACACAGUGGAAUGAUUGUAUUGAGCUGGAUACAUCAUAUUGGAAUCAUUUUCUUUCUGCUUUGGCAUUAAUUGGUACUGAUAACAUGUCGAGAGAUGCAACAAACUCAAUGACAACCCCUCUCCAGGAAAAUGAACUCCUUUCAAAAUACUUUUCUAUAAUGAUUGAUUCUGGGUAUGAGCCUGAUGAAGAUACAUUUAGAUUUGUUAUUCAUGGAUCUAGAAAUAUCAAUGUCAUGAUGGAAACUUUGGAUUUGAUGGAAAACGAAUAUGGCCUCUUCUAUUUGAAAUGUUAUGAUUCUAUAUCACUAUUUCUAUCUGGAUCUUAUUAUAAUCCACAGGCAGCAAAAGCUCUUUUCCACAGGUUAUUGUUGAAUAGAGGAAAGUUCAAAGAUUACAGAAGUAGCUCUGCAUUCUUUUUGGAUAAUUCCAGUGCAAAAGUGGUGGGAAGUCUUGACAAUGUCGCCCCAACAGAGAAUGCUCUCGAGUUCAAGCAUGGAUUGAAUUUGGAACUGACCAGUAUUUACCAACAUUUGAUUCGUUCCUUCAUUCCACCAAACUACACUUACGAGGUUGAUAUUGACACAAUGUUGACUAUCUAUGAUUAUGCUGUAACUAAGGAGAAACUGAAACCAACCUCCAUGAUGAUGGAAGAUCUCAUUGAUGCCUACUGUAGAGUUGGUAAUAUGAAAGAGGCUUGGGUGAUUCUUUCUAGAAUGAGAUCACUUAAUCUUUUCAAAAUUAACAAUAUCAAAAUUCAUUGGAAAUUAUUGAUGGCCUACAGACACCAACAAGAUGUCAAAGGAGCAUCCACAGUAAUGAAGGAUGCUCUCGAGAAGAGAUUGGCAAUUACUGAGGGACUUAUCAAACUUUACUUUGAAUCAUGCAGAACUAGUGAUGAGAUGACUCCACUUGUUGUGUUUUGUGCCUUGAUUGAUAGAAAGUUUGUCGACAUUACACAACAAAAAUAUCUCAUUCCAAUGGUGAGAGAUGUCUUUCAAAAUGUAAAGAAAAAGUUUGGUGUUGUUCACAAGCAACAAAUCAAUGAUAUUGACUCUGAAGAAUAUGGAGAGUUUGCAAAAUUCCAAAAGAUUACCUCAAUGCUCCACGAAAGAUAUGUAAAAUUCCAUUAA